CACUUCCUGCUGUGGCGCCGGCCCACCAGGGAUAUGACGACCUGCGCGGAACCUCAGGGGCGGCGGCCGGGGGUCGGGGUCGGGGUCGUGGUGACAAGCCGCAGCCAUCCUCGCUGUGUCCUCCUGGGGAAGAGGAAAGGAUCGUUUGGAGCCGGCAGCUUCCAACUUCCCGGCGGUCAUCUGGAGUUCGGUGAAAGUUGGGAAGAAUGUGCUCGAAGGGAAACCUGGGAAGAAGCAGCUCUUCACCUGAAAAAUAUUCGCUUUGCCUCGGUUGUGAAUUCUUUCAUUGAGAAAGAGAAUUACCAUUAUGUCACUAUAUUAAUGAAAGGAGAGGUGGAUGUGACUCAUGAUUCAGAACCAAAGAAUGUAGAGCCUGAUAAAAACGAAAGUUGGGAAUGGGUUCCUUGGGAAGAAUUUCCUCCACUGGACCAGCUUUUCUGGGCACUGCGUUGUUUAAAGGAACAAGGCUAUGAUCCCUUCAAAGAAGAUCUGGGUCAUCUGGUAGGAUACAAAGGAAACGUCUCUCAGUGAGCAGGAAGAUGGCCUGACUUAUUUUAAAAAGACAAAGUAAUGUCCAGUUAGAGAAUGAAAAUAUGUGUGUUUCAAAACAACUCCAUUUUAUCUAAAAAGUCCCAUGAUUGCCAAUUUAUUUGUAGUCUCUUAAUAUACCUACCACACUAUCGGCCAGAAGUUGUGGAAAUUUUUCCAGGAUAAUGUCAUGAAUUGUAUUUCAGACUCAGAAAAAACGAUAAAGGGUGAUAUUGUGGCAAUUCUACUCUCCAUAUUUCUGUGAUAAUUGCUCUGCAGUUUUUCAUUAUCAGCUCACAUGGAGUGGAAUGCAGAUUUCCCUUAGUGUUCCAGCUCAGGUCCUAAUCCAAAGACUAGCACGCUGUGCCUGUUGCAGAAUUUAUCAUGUUUGUUGGUUUUCCUCUUUUUUGUUUAAAACAAAAACUUUCUGGUAAUACAUUGUGACAGUCCUUGCAACUAGAACAAAAGGACAGGUUAUUAGGGUAUAUUUCCUAGAUUUUUUAAUUGAGAACCUAAACCAAGAAAAGUGGGACAAACCAUCUAGGAUUUAUACCCUAUCAUUAACAGGCCAUGUAGUUUUGGAUUUCUCACCUAAUUUCUGGGAGAUGCAGCUCCCUUAUACAAAAUUAGACUAGGGCAGUGGUUCAAAGUAUGGUCUGGGGAAGUCCUUGAGCCCCUUCCAAGGGUAAUCAAGGUCAAAACUGCUUUUGUAACACUAAGACAUGAUUUGCCUUUUUUAUUCCCAUUCUUUAUGAGUACAGAGAAGUUUCCCAGAGGCCACCUACAGUGGGAUACUGUAAAAGACUGAAUGCAGAAACACAUGAGAAUCCAACUCUCCAGCACUGGUCUUAUUGGUUUUUUUGGGUGUGUAUUUCAAAAAAAUAGCUAUUUUUCAUAAAAAUUAUUUGUUAACAUUUAA